ACGAACACUGGAUAAACCUGUGGGUUGUAUAAUGUGUUCGAUAUCCGAUCUGUAUCCAGUACCAUCGGUACACGUGUAAGGGAUACCACCAUUUAAGAUGAAGACAAGAGGAAUACACGUGGCUUUACUUCUCUGGCUGUUGAUUAUCAAGAAUGUGAGUGCUGACGGCAAGCUGGACAUUCUGUUCAUCAGUUACUGGUCGGAUGGCAAGAAUAUCAGUGGGAACUGUUGUGACAGUGGAGGCUACUUUUAUUGUACCGAUAAGUGUGAUCCAAUGUUUAUCCUGUGCAUUGAUAUACCAGGCGGAAGAAAGCCUUGCUCUCUUUAUGACAACGCCACAGACUACAUAGAUGACCACAACAUAAUGGAUUUUGGAAGCAGCAUUCAAGGAACACCAAAUCCUUUCAUCAUACAAGUGGACAAAGCAGUACCGUACUCGAUAGAAAUAACGGUGGAGGUGUAUGACAAUAAUGACAUCUCCAGUGAUGACCACAUGGACACACUCUCUAAGCUGAUCAACAUCCGAGCCGCUGCUACAGAACAGGAAGCUGUGUACACCCAUUACACAUUGUGGGGAAGGACAGAGUUAAAGAUUGCUGUCAGUGCCUACUGUGACCCGGACUGGUACGGGUAUGCGUGUGAGAGACAUUGCAAGGCAACAACUGACCACAGUCACUACAGCUGCCACCAACACACAGGUGCUAAAAUGUGCUUUCAAGGUUGGACGGGAGACAACUGCGAUCAAGACAUCGAUGAAUGCGCAGAAAUUGACAACACAUGUGAAAAUAGGAGGUCGCCUGAUGGUUGGGACAUAGGCCAAUAUGUGUCGGCCAUUCUACCUCCUGUGGGACUUGUCCUGAUGUCUGUACUGCUUCUGGUGGCUUUCUUCAUCUGGAGAAGAAGAUCAGACAGGUCGGCAAACGUCACAGGCGACGACCAAAUCAACCUAUAUGUGAUCAAUGUCCCCUGCAGCAGGAACCUGAAUAGACCCGGUACCGUCACAGGUUCACAGGAUGCAAGUUUAUCUCCAGAUGGUGACACUAGUCUUGGCUUUGAUGAAGCACAAGUGGGAACACACGAUACAGCCUGUGAUGAGAUAUCAAACACCCAACCAACGACUGAAAAUGUUAACCUUGACCCAGAGAAUCUUUGGGGAUCAAGCGGUUAUCGAGAUGACCACGCACGUCUUGGUGACGUCGCAACACCAGAUACUCGCCGUCAUAUUACAUCAAUCAUCCAACCAGUCACUGAAGAUGUUCCUCUGGAUCCGGGAAGUCUACGGGGUGGUGGUGUGUCUCCGGAUGACUACGCACGUCUUGGUGACGUCGCAACACCAGAUACUCGCCGUCAUAUUACAUCAAUCAUCCAACCAGUCACUGAAGAUGUUCCCCUGGAUCCGGGAAGUCUACGGGGUGGUGGUGUGUCUCCGGAUGACCACGCACGUCUUGCUGACGUCGCAACACCCGAUACUCGCCACCAUGUUCCAUCAUAUACGCCUCUUGACUUGCUUCCAUGUACCUCUGGAGGUGGUCUGACUCAGACCAGCAACUAUGAACCGCUCGAUCGUUGUGAGGAAGAAGAUGCAGCGUGCAUUGUCGUCGAAGACCACGAUGCUGAGGACAUCUCAGAUGAAAACCCCUACGUUCAUCUUGUAGUUAUAAACAGAUAGAGUCAUCGUUGCUCUAGACGAUGAAAUGGUCAUCAAAAAACAAUUACGAAAGGAAAUUAAUAUGUAGGACAGGGUCUCGGAUUUCUUUCCGCGAAAAGCUCAUGCUAUA